UUCCCUCCGGCCUCCAUCCUCCAUCCUCCUCGCCGGAGCUAUCCCCGCCGGCGGACCCUUUCCAUCUUUCUGUCAGUACUCAACUCUCUUUGUGAGAAAAAGAGAGGGCAAUGAGCCUCAAGACUAUACUUCGUUUCUGCAGACAAUUUGCUCUCAAGUCUUUUUGAACUGAUAUCAGUGAAUAUUCUGAGAGGCAAUAUUACCACAACAAGUUUGCCUAAUUUGUAUAAUGCCCCGAAAGCCAGCAAGACAUUGCAGACCAGCGCGAUGUCUACCUUUAAGUUUCUCUCCAUUUGCUCGUUCUAUGGCACGGAUUGCCUCAAAUAACAAGGUUGCACACAAGGUUCAAAAUCCCAGAUUUCCAGGAAAUAAUCUACCUACCUCUUCAGGUAAAAGGAUGGUAAAUCACGAACUAAUAGACAAGAGUGAAGAUUCUGGUUCUUCAGAUGAUGAAGAGUUUGAUGGCACUGUUCAAGCAGAUUUUGAGUUCUUUGAUCCCAAACUAAGUGAUUUUCAUGGGGUGAAAAUCCUGCUGCAGACCUACCUUGAUGAUAAGCAAUGGGAUUUGAGUGGUUUUGUGGAUGUAAUACUGGGUCAACCCACAGUGGGAACUGUUAUUAAAAUAGAGAAUGAUGACGAUGAUGGUAUUUACUCCAUUGUCACUGCUCUUAACUUGGGUAGAUAUAAGGAUCUAGUGUGCAUGGCGGACCUUAAAGAGUUCCUGCUUAAAGCAUGCCGCCAGAAGGAUGUGUUCUCUAAAUUGAGCUUAUUUCUGGGAGACCAAGCCAAGGAUGUUGGUCUCUUGGUCUCUCAACGUGUUGUGAAUCUUCCUCCCCAGCUUUUGCCACCCCUUUAUGAUGCACUUUUUGAUGAAGUCUCUUGGGCUACAGAAGAUGAGCCUACAAAGGAGCUCCGGAGUUCUUUCUGCUUCAAGUUUUACCUAGUAAUCAGUAAAAUCUACAAGCAUAAGAAUGCGGACAAGCAAAAUGGACCAAGUGAUGAUCAAACUAUUGUAUACAUUAAGGCAGAAGACGAAAUCUUUUACGAGUUAAGCUCUUGGUCCUUCAGUUUUCCUUUGCAUACACAGCUGGUUAGGACUGACGAGCUGAAAGAUUAUCGGCUAACUGGCUUGGUAAUGGCAAUAGACGCAAGCAAAAUCCCCGUCUUUCGACAGAAAUUGCACUCUUUAAUAGACCAGUGAUGAUUUGACGUGCUUUUGGAAGUUAUACGGAUUACUACUCGAUGCCUCUAGUUGGACAUGAAAGCAGUAACCUGUUUUUUGACAGAUAUAUUAAAUGUAUUCAGUAAUGAUCUUACCUCAUGGAGUUUCUUGAAUUAAGUUCUUUCACAUAUUUACAAUCUUAAUUUUCUUGUGUACAUUUUUCAGUCUCAAUCUUCACCAAUUCAUCAUAA